AUGAGGAAGAAGAGAGGAGAUAGAAAAUGGAUCCGACUGGUCUACGGGGUGGAUUUGUUGCAAUUUCAGGUGGAGGGAGUGGAGGAACACGGCGACUACUUCAAGCUCAGAAGGGAUUGCUGCAGCCAGCUCUCUUUCUCGGCCAAGCAGAAGUGCACGGCUGCUCUGAGGAUGCUUGCACUUGGUAUUGCUACAGACGUCGUUGGUGAGAUGGUCAGGACGGGGGAGAACACGCACCUGAAUACUACUGUCAAAUUUGCCUGCGCCGUGGUUGAGGUGUUUGGACCUGAGUAUCUCAGAGAACCAAAUGCGCAAGACACGGAGAAAUUGUUGGCUAUUGGAGAGGCAAAGGUGUUUCCAAGGUGCUCGGAUCAAUUGAUUACAUGCAUUGGCAAUAGAAGAACUGCUCCAAAGGUCUGUGGAGAAUGUAUCAAGGUCACACCAGAGAGGCCACCAUCAUACUUGGCAUCACAUGACUUAUGGAUUUGGCAUGCUUUCUUUGGAAUGCCCGGUUCUCACAACGACAUCAAAGUGCUUCAACGAUCUCCGGUGUUCAGGAGGCUUUGCAAUGGGAAAUCACCGCUGUGCAACUACACCGUCAAUGGCUGGGACUACAAUAUGGGGUACUAUCUUGCCGAUGGUACCUAUCCUCGGUGGGCGGCAUUUGUGAAGACCAUAUCUGAGCCGUGUGGCAAUAAACAGAGCCACUUUGCAACAAUGCAGGAAGCGGCUAGGAAGGACAUGGAGAGGCAUUUGGUGUGCUUCAGGCUCAUUGGGGAAUUGUGCGGAGCACUGCAAUGA